CUUACCUGGGCUUAUUCAACAGCAGGUGCAGAAUUAUGAUGAAGACGCUUCAUUGCCCGGCUCCGCGGACGAAGUAAUCGUGUUUCACAACCCUUCCUCAGAAACGUAUUUGACAAGCACGUUGUUUCAUGACGAACCUCCGGUGCCUUCACGAUUGUCGCCUGCUCCACCUCCUGCAAAUAGUAGCUUCGGUGCGUCGGCACAUAACUACAGUUUCGAAGGCUCCAGUGGCAGUGGGCGGCUCGCCAGUGGCCAAGAAUUGCAUCGAGGAAUCUCCGCUCGUAGCGUCCGCACUUUUAGGAGCGGGAGGAGCCUUGGUGCAAGCGGGGGAAGCGGUGGUUUCAUUCAAGGAAGUCGUGGCUCUCUGGGCAGUGUAGGUUCGGGUGGUAAUAUCCCCGUCACAGUGAAUCAACAGUAUCUGUAUUUAAGCAGGACAUCGAGUGAAGGUCAUGGCGGUAGCACAGCAGUAUCACCUUCGCGCACGGACCACAACGCGAAUUUCUCACCUGUGCCCUCGAGCGCAACUGGGUUGGGCCCACUCUAUGCACAAGUCGGCACCACCAGCUGGAACGACUACUAUGAGCGGGCUAUGGCCGGAAUCUGUGCAUCUUCAUCUUCAGGCACACCCAUUGAACAGCACGACCGUGCACCAUACUCUAGCGGGCCACUACGGUCACCAAUUGAUGACGCAUUAUCUACAACGCCAAGCUAUUAUAGCUACAACAGUGCUAGUAAAGAACCGCGCGCACCACAGGCUGCAGGACACUACGCUACUCCACACAAUGGCCACUCAUUUCCCUACACCACAUCUGACGCGAGAAGACCGGCACUAUACGACGGAUCAGCAGCUCCUGCACAAUACCAGUCUUUGGGACUGCAGCAGCACCGUUCAGCCGAAGACGUGUCGCAGAAAUACCUGCUAGCGCAGCAGGAAAGAACGGCUACUGCGCAAAACCACCUGUUGCAUCGUCUAGGGCCAUCGAGGAGCCGUGAUUCGACGAACAGUCCGUCGCAGACUCUGCGAACAGAAGCACCUCCAUCAACUUCAACGGUCGAAUUUCUGACGUCUCGUGCACAGGAGGAUGCUCUGAAUUUGAAUCUUUUCACUGCAAUGAGAAGCGUACCAGGUACUCAUCAUCCACCGACACAGCAUCCCACCCCAGCAGCAGCAAAGCAAGAGGCACCGCACAACGGAGACCUGAAACAAGUGGCGCACGUCUCAGGCGACCUUGAUUCCUACGCAGACCAUGUCACAUCACCAGCAGAUGCAAACAACAUAGAUGGAGACAAGGACGUACAAAUUUACAAUGGCGGCGCGGGGUUCCUAUCUCCCCACAGAGACUAUGUCACCCAUCGCUUAGUACCAACAGAGAGUAACAAUCUGCAUCUGGUUAAACUUGAUUCGACGUCGCAUAAUUCGUCCUUCAGUACAUCGGUAGGACCCGCUAGUAGUGGGCAUGACUUGAGCUUCCUUUCUGCCGGUGCCGCAGAAACAUCAAAUCAUCAGCCUUAUUGUGCAAGCGGAGAUGUAGGUGUUUCAUCACACUUGUUGUCGUCGGGCAUAGUGGAAAAAGUAGAAGGUGCCAGUGCCACGCAGACUACCUCGCUACAGCGAUCGGCAAAUCACGUUGGAGCGGCACAGCCUGGCACUAUAGUAGACACGUCUGGCCGAGGCGGUGUCUAUUACUUGGCAGCUGUAACGGCCGAUGGAGAAGAAGAUUCUGAGCAAGCAGUCAACACCAGUGAUCCCCAUCCCAGUAUUGUCUCUGCUGGGGAACAAGAGUAUAGUGUUGCGGGAGUUGAUGCCCUUCCGCCACUUCUAACACCUUCCGAAUUACCACCUCAUCCCUCACACGUUCAGGAUCAUCUACCAUUAGAACCUCACGAUGACCAGGAGUAUCCUCCCGCUCAGCCAAGCGCUUCUCCUUCUCCGAAUCGUUAUCUCGUGCGGCCAAGCCCGAACAAAGCAGCGACAAUUACGCUCGACGACCUUCAUAGGAAUCUGCCAGAUCAGGAGCGACGAAGCAGCAAGAGGAAUGUUACCAAUCUCGAGCUGGCGCAGUUAUCCAAGGAAUUUGCUAACACAACAAGCAAGGCAUCGCCGAGUAGUCCUUCCGUAUCCGCGACCACGACCAGGCUGAACAACGUCUGUGUUGUCUGUUUUUCGCGUGAACAAACGCACGCGGCAAUACCUUGUGGCCAUUUGUGCCUUUGCGACGCCUGCCACUCUGUUUUGAAUGCGUGUCCGAUAUGCAGAGCGCCAGUCACAAGUUUCGCACGCAUAUACAGGGUAACAUGAAAACAGAAAAGCAAGGAGAAGAAAGCGUCCUGCGCUCUACUUUGCACAUUGGAGGAUGUUACCCAGCGUGUACGAUUCUAGCACCAUCCAAACCACCUUCAUCAUGCAUUCAGGAAUGAAGUGACCAUACCUUUACAUAAACAGCUACGACUCAUCCACUUUUUACUUUUUGCUGUCUUCGUUCGUCUGGUGCGCUAGCGCUAGGUCGUGAGACAUUUUUCUUGUAUUUCUUGCCACCUUCUGCUACAAAUUAAAGAUUUUUACAUGCUUGAUGGCCUGCGAUGUCAGCCUGCGUAGCCCCAGUCCCGGAAAGAUUCUCGUUGGUGGUGCACCCCAUACGUUCUUGUGCAAAACCAUGCACUUCAUAUUUUGUUCUCGCCAUGAGCGGACAAAAACAGAACAAACUUUCGGAUUCGCG